GGAGCUGGAUGAAAUCCGGGAGGCUUUCCGAGUGCUGGACAGGGAUGGGAAUGGCUUCAUCUCCAAGCAGGAGCUGGGCAUGGCCAUGCGCUCGCUGGGGUACAUGCCCAGUGAGGUGGAGCUGGCCAUCAUCAUGCAGCGCCUGGACAUGGAUGGGGAUGGCCAGGUGGAUUUUGAUGAAUUUAUGACCAUCCUGGGCCCUAAGCUGGUGUCGUCGGAGGGCAGGGACGGCUUUCUGGGGAACACAAUAGACAGCAUAUUCUGGCAGUUUGACAUGCAGAGGAUAACGCUGGAGGAGCUGAAGCACAUCCUGUACCAUGCCUUCCGCGACCACCUGACGAUGAAGGACAUCGAGAACAUCAUCAUCAACGAGGAGGAGAGCUUGAAUGAGAACUCUGGCAACUGCCAAACAGAGUUUGAAGUGCACGCCCAGAAGCAGAACAGACAGACCUGCGUGCGGAAGAGCCUUAUCUGCGCCUUCGCCAUGGCCUUCAUCAUCAGCGUCAUGCUGAUCGCGGCCAACCAGAUCCUGAGGAGCGGGAUGGAGUAGCCCCUGGCCAUGCCACUGUGACCCAAGCUGCCCAUGCAUGUGCAUGCCCACCUGGGGGAACCUCCCCCCGGCCCGACUCCGCACGGCAAAGAGACACAGGCAGGCAAAGCACCACCCGAGCAGGAGCCCGAGGCCGGCGGCGUUAACGCGUCUUGUGAAUCAACCACAUCCUUUUUGGCAGGGACAUCAAAGGGCUGUCUUAAUGCUUUAAAGGUUUUGUUUCCUAAUGCAAUAAAAAAAACCCCACCACCAUCACCGCCACCACCACCCCGCCCCCCUAUAGAGGGGUCCCGAAUUAUUGCUUCAAAACAGCGCUGGUCACUCGGAAGGGACUUGGAUCCAGCAGCCUGUGGGGCAGCUUUAAGGAGGCACAGCCUCAGGACUUGCUGCAGUGGGGCUGUCUUUGAACCAGGGGCCCACUGACAAUCCCCCUGGGCCCACAUUCCCAGGAAGUUGAUCGUAGCAUUGCCACAAGCGAGUCCUGUUUGUUUGAUUUCACCUCCUCCAGCUCCACUUUCCUUUCCUUUAUGGCCAUGCCCAUGGACUUCACAGCAUCAGAGGGGAGCCAGAGCAUCUUGUACAGUAUUUUCUGAGG